AUGGGCAAGACUUCACAGAGGAAGCAGUGUGACUGGGAAAACCUAUCAAAGCCAAAGCCUUGUUUACCCGACUCAAUCCCCUUGAGGAUGUCCAAUUACACAUUCAAGAGGCCAGUCACUAGAAUCACAUCCCAUCUGGGCAAUGAGGUAAGAUAUCAUCAGUGGGAGGAGACCUUGGUCAAGCCCCAACAAGCCUGCUGGCAGAAGAGACUGCAAGGACUCCAGGCCUACAGCAGUGCAGGAAAACUUUUGAGCACCUCAGAUCUUGCCAAAGCUUUGCAAGAUCUCAGACCUGGAGGCACAGAUGCGUCUGUUUCAGAGACUCAAGCCAACAGUGUUGACUGUAGGUCCACCCACGAGUCAUCUUCACAUUUGGCAGAGACGAUUCCAGAAGCAGGUAUCCCACAGAGCCUUUACAAUCAAUUUCUCGUCACUGAAGAAGAUAUUAGCAAACAGGAAAAGAAAGUGAAAAGAGCAAGAGAAAGACUGGCAGUUGCCAUGAUUGCACACAGGCUAGCAAACGAGGCAGAGAAAGUGAGGGGGUCAAAGAAGGCAACCUUAUAAAUACAGGGAGGGGGA